CUUCCGUUCAAGAACGUCUUGGUUCACUAGACUACGUCUAUCUACCUACUCUGUUACCUGUAGGAGUCGAGACUACAUAUCUACAGUGUAACCACAUUGAAGAACACUACUGCGAACAAGACAUUGCAAGCGAAAUUCAAUGUUUGGACUGGCUUGGUGCUGUUAGCUCCCGCAAAAAGUCUUGGUAUAUCAAUUGCCCGCUCAGGAGAAUUGAAGUCUCGCAGAUCAAUUCAUGUUUGCCAGCAGAAACUCCAGUGUUGCUAAACCACAGGAAGAGCUCUCCGCCUGAUAUCGAAAUGAUGUUGGUGAUUACUCGGAGUAUUGCCUCUCUAGACUCUGGGUCCCGUUGCGCGCUUGGAGUGGCGUUGCCGUUACGAGAAAAAAAAAUCUUCGGAUCCACCUCGGAUAUCUGGGCUGCUCACCACGAAGCUCAACCGCCACGGUUAUUGGAUUUCAGACAGCGCAUGGGGAGUUACGAUUAUCCCAGAUCAGGCAGUGACAUGUACGGAGCACGCCAAUGGAAGAGAGAAGAGUCCUUAAGAAAACGUGGUGCAAGAUGGGCAGUUUCCGUAGUAUCAGUCAGCGUUGCAUCCAUCGCCGUCCCCAGCUACCUAUUAUGGUUUACUAUUUUCAUUUGUCAUUUGUCAUAGAUCUUUAUCUCUUGACUCACUCCGCAAGAGGGGAGAGAUAGAGCCGACAGUGAAUCUUAUAAGGUUGCAGUUUCUGGGGUCCUGCUGGGUCUUGCAACGUUUCGCCUCCUUGGAUCGAAAGCAAGAGUCAGAGUCUGGUCUGGGUGGAGUCGGUCCUGACUUUUUUUCUUCUCGCGGAUCAGUCUCUUCCUCUUCUUCUUCUUCCAUCAUCCUCGCCGAACCUCAAGAACACACGAACGCUGCCUUAUCAAAGCCUCCUGCCAUUGGACUGUACAGGGCCAGUCAUGGCCUCCGAGCACGACAUCAACACCUAUUCAGCUGGGGCCCCCGUAGCAAAGGAGAAGAUGGGCAACGAUGAAGCCGUCCGGGUCACCGCUGCGGCUCCAUCUCCCGACAUGGACGAGAGGGACUGCGAAAAGUAUGGAGCAGGCCGCGACUCGAAUCCGCUGCCGGAUUUGAAACGAAAGCUCAAGAGCAGGCACCUUCAGAUGAUCGCAAUCGGUGGAACGAUUGGCACAGGUCUUUUCAUCAGUAGCGGUUCCGCCAUCUCGACAGCAGGCCCAGUUGGCGCUCUCAUUGCCUACAUCUUCAUCGGAUCGAUUGUAUACUCCGUCAUGACAGCACUAGGAGAGAUCGCCACCUACAUUCCUAUUCCUGGAGCCUUUACAGCUUAUGCAACCCGAAUCAUCGACCCCAGUCUAGGUUUCGCGAUGGGUUGGAUCUACUGGUUUUCUUGGGCCAUCACCUUUGCUCUUGAACUUACGGCGACGGGCUUGAUUAUUCAGUUCUGGGACAAAGACCUCAAUAUCGCCAUCUUCAUUGCCGUCUUCUGGGUUGUCAUCACUUGUCUCAACUUGCUCCCGGUCAGCUUCUUUGGAGAAAUCGAGUUUUGGUUCUCUAGCAUCAAGGUUCUUACCGUCAUUGGAUUCAUGAUCUUUGGAAUCUGUAUUAAUGCGGGAGCGGGAGCCGAGGGCUACAUCGGCUUCCGCUACUGGACCAAUCCAGGCCCAUUCGUUGCCAAUCCAGACGUCUCACCUGAUUCGACAGCGAAAUUUGUCGGCUUCUGGGCGGUGCUUAUACAAGCUGGAUUUGCGUACCAGGGAACUGAACUUGUUGGUAUUGCUGCUGGUGAAACCGAAAACCCUCGCAAGACUGUGCCCUCGGCCAUUCGCAAGACUUUUUUUCGUAUCUUAUUCUUCUUCGUGUUGACCAUCUUCUUCAUCGGAAUCUUGGUUCCCUCCGACGACAAGCAACUGCUAAACGCGAGUGGAAACGACGCCAACUCUUCGCCUUUUGUCAUUGCGGCCAACCGGGCUGGAGUAUCAGUUUUGCCGGAUAUCAUCAACGCUGUUCUCUUGACUGUGGUGCUUUCUGCCGCCAAUUCCAACGUCUAUAGUGCCAGUCGUAUUCUGAUCGGCUUGUCUCAAGAAGGGUUUGCCCCGCAUUGGCUCAAAAAGACAUCAAAGCAGGGCGUGCCAUACUGGAGUGUUGCCUUUACUUCUGCCUUUGGCCUACUUGGUUUUUUAAAUGUCUCCAACUCGGGCAGUACCGUGUUCAACUGGUUCCUAAACAUUUCCAGUGUGGCUGGUUUGAUCUCUUGGGCAUCCAUCGUCGGAUGUCAUUUAGGGUUCAUGCGCGCCCUCAAGGCGCGCAAUAUCUCCCGCGACUUACUUCCCUACAAAGCGCUGUGGCAGCCAUGGUACUCUUGGUAUGGACUUUUCUUCAAUAUCUUGAUCAUCAUCACUCAAGGUUUUACUGCCUGGAUUCCAGAGUUCAACGUGACGGACUUUUUCGUUGCGUAUAUCAGCGUCAUUCUCUUCGUCGUGCUUUACCUGGGCCACAAGAUCAUUUACCGACCGGCAUUUGUCAAGCCCAUUGAAGCAGAUAUCGACACCGGGCGUGUCGCUCUGGAGAACGAAUACUGGGAGACCACGACCUCGGAUGAAAAGUGGUACAAGCGGGCGUAUAAAUCCCUCUUUGUAUAGAUAUUGUCGGCGUUUUUGAUAUCAAAUCCAUCCCACUGUACAUUAUACGUUUAUAUACUUGACAUUGGCAUCGCACGGAGUUGGGUGAAUGAACUUGUAUUAUCAUUAAAGCGUUGGUCGGAAGUAUCAGAGUAGUCUAAUCAGUUAACCAACGGUAGCCCGACGUGCUCGGGGAUUUUGGAUGGCCA